AUGAAAUGCUCACGGUCUCAACGGGGUUCUGUGAAAAAUCCAGUGGGUAGGCCGCGUCUCCCUUUGAUCAAACCGUAUCUAGCCGGCUCUGGCGGCAACUCAGUUCUUCAAGAGGGUAGUGGUUCUAAAUCAUUACCCACAUUGAAACGGAGUUCUAAAGAUCCUCCCAUUGUUCAUAUCAGUCAGAAAGUUGCCGUUGGAAAACUUGAUGCAUCAGAUUACGAAGAUUGUUGGGAUUGCUCAAGCAACGAAGAUAAUGCUGAUUGGGGAAUCUCAGAUACCGACUCCGAAGAUGAAUAUGUGCUUGAAAUUAAACGUCAUGCAUACACCAAAAAAGUUGCGAGUUGUUUUGCACAAUUAUUUGGUGAUCUACCUGAGGUUUUACAUUCCUCUUUUACAUCUCCUGUUGAAUCGGCACCAAUAGAAGAGGAAUACAAUGAUGAUGGAGAACUUGAAAAUGAAUGUCCUAGAUGUGGUGCAUUGUUCUGGUAUAACGAGCGUAUUGGUCGAAGCAGGAAAACAAAAACACCAAUUUUCACUAUGUGCUGUCUUAGAGGGAAAAUAAAACUUCCUGUUCUAAAAGAACCUCCGGCUUAUCUACAUGGUCUUCUAACGAAUGACGAUGGCCUUAGUAGGCAUUUUCGGGAUAAUAUUCGCGCUAUCAACAUGAUGUUCUCUUUUACAUCACUUGGGGGAAAGAUUGAUAAUUCAAUUAACACAGGUCAAGGAAGUGUGAAGCCCAAUCCUAAUGAAGCGGCUAAGUUUUCACAGUUGUAUAUUCAUGAUACCCAAAACGAAGUUCAAAACAGGAUAUCAGCAUUGAGAUUAUCUGAAUUCGAGCUUAACGUUUAUUUUUUCCGGUUUGAUAGUGGGAGUGCGGAUAAAAGUAAACUCCGAGCUGAUUUGGUGGAGUCAAUAAUGCAGAUGUUGAGGGAUUCAAAUGUUCAUGUGCAGACUUUCCGAAAUGCAAUGGAUAGAUUUAACGAUGAAUCCGAGUGCGAAGACGUCAAGCUGGUUUUGAUUCACAACCGACAAAAAGAUGGACGAGUUUACAAUCUCCCUACUUCAUCUGAGGUUGCAGCUUUGGUGCCCGGUGAUUUCCAACUACAUAUGGACAAAAGGGAUAUUAUUUUGGAGAAGUAUUCUGGUAAGCUAAAACGGAUCAACGAGUUGCAUCCGUGUUAUCUACCACUACAAUAUCCACUUAUCUUCCCUUACGGAGAGGAUGGGUUUCGUCUUGGCAUCCAGAACGGUUUCACAGGAUUCAACAAAAACAAGAAGCCAAAUAUUAGCAUGAGAGAGUUCUUUGCUUACCGCAUUCAAGUCCGUAGUGUGGGUUCUCAAGUUCUUCUCUUUUCAAGGAGGUUACUACAACAGUUUUUGGUGGAUGCUUAUACGAUGAUUGAGUCGCACCGACUUCGGUAUAUACGGAAGAACCAGGGUAAUCUGAGAUCUUUGAAUUAUAGUAAGUUUGUGGCUGCUGCAAGUGAUGGGUUUUCUUCCUUGCCCAUUGAAGGAAACCGUAUUAUUAUACCAUCUUCUUUCACUGGUGGACCAAGGUACAUGCAUCAAAUGUAUUUGGAUGCAAUGACUAUUUGCAAAUACUAUAGAUUUCCCGAUCUGUUUAUUACAUUUACAUGUAAUCCUAAGUGGCCUGAGUUGACAAGAUAUUUUCAGAAAUAUAAUCUCAGAGCAGAGGAUAGACCAGAUUUGUGUUGUAGACUAUUUAAAGUUAAACUUGAUACUUUGAUGGAUGAUUUAACCAAGAAACAUUUGCUUGGGAGAACCGUGUCUGGUAAGGAAAUUUAUACUAUAGAGUUUCAGAAAAGAGGACUUCCACAUGCCCAUAUUCUGUUGUUCAUGGACUCUAGAGACAAAUUUCCAACAGCAGAAGAUAUUGAUCGCAUUAUUUCAGCUGAGAUUCCUGAUAAGGAAAUGGAGCCUCGAUUGCAUGAUAUUGUCAAAGACACAAUGAUUCAUGGUCCAUGUGGAGUGGUUAAUAAAAGUUCUCCUUGCAUGAAUGAUGGGAAGUGUACUAAAUUUUUCCCCAGAAAGAAUGUGGAGAAAACAACGGUUGACUCUCAAGGUUAUCCCAUUUACCGGAGAAGGGAAGAUGGUCGUUUUGUAGAGAAGAAAGGAAUUCAGCUGGAUAACGGAUAUGUGGUUCCUUAUAACAAGAAUCUCAUGCUUCGUUACAAUGCUCAUAUCAAUGUUGAGUGGUGUAAUCAGUCUCGAUCGAUUAAAUACUUAUUUAAGUAUAUCAACAAAGGAUCUGAUUGUGUGACAGCAGCAGUUACUCAGAAGGCUAGCAAGAAUUCAACUGGAGCUGAAGCUUAUGAUAAUACUGUCAAUCGCGAGGAAGGUACAAACGGUGCUGGACUAGGAGUGGGAAUGGACAAUGCUGGAGAAGGAGUUCGUAUGGACACUGCUGGAGAAGAAACAGAACCACUGGUAGAUGAAAUUAAAAAGUAUUUCGAUGCUAGAUACAUUUCUGCUUGUGAGUCAACUUGGAGAAUUUUAGCUUUUCCGACGCAUUAUCGAGCUACACCUGUUGAGAAGCUAACAUUCCAUUUAGAAGGUGAUCAACCCGUAGUCUACAAGGAAGGUGAUACUGUGGAAUCAGUUAUGGCUCGUGUGAAUGUACAGAAGACAAUGUUCCUAGCUUGGUUCGACUGUUGUGAAAAAUACCCUGAAGCUAGGUUACUGACUUAUGCAGAAAUGCCCACUAGGUUCAUAUAUGAUUCCAAGGCAAAAGUCUGGAAUAGACGGAAAAAAGGUUUUGCAAUUGGGAGGUUGCAACAUGUAUCUCCAAGUUCUGGACAACUUUAUUAUUUGAGAGUAUUGCUAAAUAAGAUAAAAGGUCCACGAUCCUAUGAAGAGAUAAAGACAGUAGAUGGAGUUGUUCAAGCGAGUUUUGAGGAUGCAUGUUAUAAGCUAGGUUUGUUAGAUGACGACAAGGAGUACAUUGAAGGUCUUAAAGAAUGUGCUUUUUGGGCCUCAGCUUAUCCUCUCCAAAAUUGGUAUGGGAAGCAACCAAAGACUUACUUUCCGAAGACAUUCUCUACCUUGAGCGACGAAGGCGUCGAAAUCCAAUUUGUAGGUUUGGUGCUGACUGAAGAACAAAUCCUCAAUUGUACACUACUUUUGAUUGAUAAGGUUUUGCGCAGUAAGAAUAGUCGUUUGGCUAACUGGGAGACGAUGCCAAAGCCUAUAGAUAACGAGGUAUCAAAUACAGAGAAUCAGCUAUUGCAGGAUGAGCUUAACUAUCCUCUUGAUGAAUUGCGUGUACAACACCAAAACUGGUUCGCACAAUUGACAGAUGAGCAGAGGGGUGUCUACAACGAGAUUAUGGAGUCUGUCAAUUCAUCAUCAGGCGGUGUGUUUUUCGUCUAUGGCUUUGGUGGCACAGGGAAAACUUUUUUGUGGAAUAUUCUAUCUGCUGCUGUACGCUCGAGAGGUGAUGUGGUUCUUAAUGUUGCUUCAAGUGGAAUAGCUGCAUUGUUGCUGCCUGGUGGAAGAACUGCACAUUCAAGGUUCAGCAUCCCUAUUAAUCCGGACCAAUUUUCAACUUGCAAGAUACAACCGGGUAGUCACCAGGCAGAAUUGAUAUCUAAGGCAUCUCUUAUUAUAUGGGACGAAGCACCGAUGAUGAGCAAGCAUUGCUUUGAGUCUCUUGAUCGUAGUCUUAACGACAUUAUGAAGACUACAGACGACAGGCCUUUUGGUGGGAAAGUUGUCGUUUUCGGAGGUGAUUUUAGACAGAUCCUACCCGUAAUUCCCAAGGGAAAUCGUGCUGAUAUAGUUAUGGCUUCUCUUAAUUCAUCUUAUUUGUGGAAGCAUUGCAAAGUCUUGCAGCUAACCAAAAAUAUGCGGCUUUUUUCUGAGCCUGAUUGCCGUGAAGCUGAGGAAAUUAAGGAGUUUUCAAAAUGGAUAUUGGAUUUAGGAGAUGGAAAGAUUAAUGAGCCGAACAGUGGAGAAACUAUGAUCGACAUUCCUAAGGAUCUGCUGAUUGAUCAGUGCACUGAUCCUAUCCAGUCUAUAGUUUCAGAGGUUUAUGAAUCUACUUUCAAAGAUUCGAAUGACCCCAUUUUUUUCCAGGAGAGAGCUAUUUUAUGUCCAACCAAUGAAGACGUUGAUGUCGUAAACAACUACAUGCUUGACCAUUUAAAAGGGGAGGAAAGAAUAUAUUUGAGCUCUGAUAGUAUUGACCCAGCUGAUUCAAACUCAAGAGAUGACUCUGUUUUCACUCCUGAAUUUCUGAAUAGUAUAAAAACGUCAGGCUUGCCUAAUCAUGCUCUCAGGCUAAGGAUUGGUACACCCGUGAUGUUGCUUAGGAAUAUGGAUACUACAGAAGGUUUGUGCAAUGGGACCAGGUUGCAGAUAAUGCAAUUGGGUAAUCACAUUAUUCAAGCUAAGGUAAUCACCGGGACUAGAGUUGGUGAGAAGGUCUGGUUACAUCGUCUCCUGAUAUCACCGUCUGAUUCUAAGCUGCCUUUCAAGAUGAGGCGUAGGCAAUUUCCAUUGAAAGUUGCAUUUGCAAUGACAAUAAAUAAAAGCCAAGGUCAAACAUUAGCGAAGGUUGGUUUGUUUCUACCUAGACCAGUAUUUUCUCAUGGACAAUUGUAUGUUGCUGUGUCUCGGGUGAAGUCAAGAAAGGGAUUAAAGAUUCUUAUCACUGAUAAGGAUGGGAAACCUCAAUAUUCGACUAUGAAUGUCGUGUACAAGGAGGUUUUUCAGAAUAUAAAUCAAGUCUCUGAAUUUUAGGUAUCUAAUUCUUCAACCUCAUAUGCGUCGUCUCAGAUUUUUUUCCACUGUAUAAUUGAUAUUAUAGAUUUAAUAUUAAAGGUUUAUAUUUACAGUUGAGCUGCUGCGAUAUAUCAUGAAGCAUAUGGUAGUCAAAGGUAAGUAUAAUCUCAUAUCAUGAAGAGUUUAACGAAUUAUAUUAUAAUAUUCGAAUUCAGAAAUGUUUCGAAAAAGGGAUAAAGCUAAUCUCUUAAAGAAUUCAGAAAGAUUGGAUCGACUGGAAGGGCAUUAACAAUCUUCAAUCAUUUUCUUCGCAGGGUAUAGCAUGAAGAUCUCGAUCCAUACAAUCUCCAAGCAGCAGAUAAGAGAGCUGAUGAGAACGAAUUUACUAAAUUUAAACAUCUUUACCUAUUCUGUAAAGAACAUUUUUCUACAAAUGAAACAAUGUCUACAGAAAGAGUGCUAGAGAUGCAAAACAUUAAUUUUAAAUUUCUGAAAGCAAAGACACGAUUAUCUGGAAAUUCCUAUUUAUUUUUUCAACAGUUCUACCAUUUUAUUUGUAAUCGACUUUGAACAUUUUUUAAAACCAGUCACAAUUAUAUCUACCUUUAAAACCGGUAUAUCUUAAUUAUAUUGAUUGUCAACCAGAGAAAAUGUAUUAAAGUACUACUUGAUUUAGUUAUAAGAUUUAUUAAAAACCUUUUCUAUCGAGUGUAAAACUAUAGCCAGUCUAUUAGGAAGAAAAUGAAUGCCCAUGAUAUGUCACCCAAGACGAUAAAUGGUUAAUUUGAUUUCGUUUCAUAUCAUAUCGUUGAUUCGUAUAAUGUAUUUUAAUGCUAUUUCCUAUUACCACUUUUGGUGCGAAGUUUUGAAUAUAUCGAUUGAUUGCCCUUAUCUGUUAAGGAAAAUUUCUUUCAUAUGUGUAUAAAUAAGUUUUCUAUAUUUACAAAAUAUAUUAACCAUAUAUUAUCGAUCAUUUACUUUAUGAUUUAAACAAUCACGAUAUACAAUUUAAGGAAAUAAAUUGUAUCAAUCCCGCGUGAUGCACGUCCCAAUUAAUACCUACACCUAUUCAUUGUAUUUCCUUAUUGUAUAGUAAUUCUUAACAAUAUAUAUACUAAACUUUCUUCGUCAUGAUAUCGUUCGUGUUAAACAUUUUCUAAUUUUCUUAUAUUUCUAUUGCCAUGGGUACUCAUCGAUUAGUUUCAGAGCUGAGUCUAGACAAACCUUUGCAUCCAGUUCGUGUUAAGGUCAUCUGCAAGGGGCCGACGGUUGUCGGGUCAGGGUUCCAAAAAACCGUUCUGAUUUUUGGAGAUGAGAAGGUAAGCUCUGUUCAUUUUCAAGUCAUUACAUUAUAUUAUACGUUUCGGUUAGAAAGAUACUAAUACAUUCGAUUACAUGUUUGACAUAGGGAAAUACAAUUCAAGCCACUUUGGUUAGAGAUUUGGAGGCUUCAGCUGAUAUGCCAUUGGAGGAAGGUCACUCUUAUGAAAUUAAAGAUUUCGAGCUAUCCCAUGUCAUACCAGAGCGUGUUCGAUUGACAAGGAACCGAUACAAUAUUAACAUCACUAAAUCCUCUGUGGUUUUGAAGAUCGAUCCUAUAAAACAUUUCAGCUUUUAUUGUUUUCCAAACUGGGAUGAUCUCUACCGCGGCUUACAUCAUCCUAAGUUUCCUAUUGGUAUGUUUUAUCUUCUAUAUAAUUAAAUGUAAUUGGAAGCAGCAAAAUAAUCAUUAGGCAAUAUCUAAAUAUCGAAUCUGUUCAUAUUGAUGAUAGGCAAUAUCUAAAUAUGUGUAAAUUUUUUUGCCUAUCCAUUAGAUAUUUAUGGUCAAGUGAUAGGAGUUGGAUUUCUUGAAGAAUAUAUCAUGGAGCCUGUAAACGGAAAUAAUGGUAUCAUCGACCACAAAAUCCGUUUUUUUGUACUACACAUCCCGUAAGUAUUCAUUGUAUUCUGUAAAAAGAUAGAUACACAUCUGUUUAGUAUACAUGGUUUUAACCCUUCUUUUCUUGAUUUACAGUAACGUUGUCAUUAAGUGUGUCGCUUAUGGUGCACUUGCUCAUGUUUUCAAUGAUUUAUGGAAUUCUAUAGAUGCAGACAUAGUAUUAUGUGUUUUACAGUGUUGGCAAAUUAAUUGGGGACAAGGUAAUCUAUUGUAGUUAUUGUAUAUACAAUAGGUUAAUAGGAGCUGAUAUUAUAUGUCAUAUGAAUCCUAAUAAUUUUUUGGAUUUCAUAUAAAGGCCGACUUAAGAGGGUUACUAACAUUGAUGGGAUUUCCAAAAUUGUUUUCGACCCCAUUGGUGUCCCAGAAAUUGAUGAUUUACGAUUGAGGUAAUAUAUGCAUUCACAGAUGUUGUUAAAUAAUAUUUUUGAAUUCUCUACAUGAUCUUUUUUUUAUUGUUCAUAAUAGGAUUGCAAACGAAGACUUCUGAAGGUUGCAGUUUGGCAGCAGUUACUUUGUCUGAAUUUUCAAUUUUCUUUUGUUUUUUUAUACUUUGAAGGUUUUAAUAUUUUAUUAGCCUCUUGCUUAUGUUUCAUUUAAUAUUAUAUUUAUAAUUUAUCCGCAUGCAAACAAAUAUACAAUUAAAUUCUCAUGCCCAUCACAUGUAAAUUUAUAUUCACAUACUCAAAUUCUUAGCUAUAAUCCGUUCUUUCCUAUAUAUGAAUUUCUUACUAUGCCUAUAACUUUAAUUAUGUCAACAUUUUAUAAUAUCUAAUACAUUAAUAAUCUCCUCGCCCCGCGCAGGGCGCGGGUUAUCACCUAGUGUUUUAGUAUUAUGUACAAAUAUAUUUUAGUAUUACACUAUAU